CUCAUUUAUUACAUUUCACCUUUGUGUUUCGUACGUAGUGUGAAUAGUUUGCGAUGUAAUUUGAUCUCUGAUUUUGGCAUUCUUUUGAAGAUUCUUCGAUGCAGCAGCUAAUGCGAAACAAACAAUGGAAUCUGCAGCAGCAGCGGGUGGAUGGAAGUGCGAUACGUUGGCUGGUAAACGAAAGUGCUGCUGCGUACCAGCUUUUGGGAGAGAGAUGAGUUGAGGAUCGAUUACGAUGUUGAGUCGUCUUUUGGCCGUGGUGGCCUCCAUUUUGGUUCACCAGAUACAUUUUCUGUGCACUGCCAGCUCUUUGGGUGUAAAACAGUUUCCAGGAUUUGAAAAUCUGCCGCGCUCAUUUUGGCAUGAACUCAGUUCACCUUUUACAGAGGUUUAUGAGGUGGAGAAUUUCGUGACUGAAACAAGUGGCACUCCAGAGCCGAGGCCAUUUUUCGAGGAUCCUGAAAGUAACAUUACCGUACAACUUGGUGCCGAAGUUUACAUACACUGCAGAAUACAGAAUGUACAGAACACCUUACUUAAGGUAUCCUGGGUGCGUAGACGGAACGAAGAGCUCCAUUUGCUUACCAUCGGCCUGGACACGUACGCGAGCGACUCCAGAUUCUCCCUAGCCUUUAAGAAGCCUAACGACUGGCGAUUGCUUCUGCGCUCGGCCACGGAACGAGAUGCCGGCCUUUACGAGUGUCAAGUCAACGUCCAUCCGCCAUUAAUCAGAACUGUCCAUCUAGCGGUGUCAGUGCCGAAGGUGGAAAUAGUCGAUGAGCACGGUGCCACGGCUGGUGACAAGUUCUACAAAGCAGGUAGUACAAUAGAACUGAAGUGUGUAGUCAGCAAUAUACCGCAACCGACUGGCUAUGUCACAUGGCGGCACGGAUCCCGUACAUUGAAUUACGACACGACUCGGGGUGGCAUCAGUGUCAAGACGGACAUGGGUGCAGCCGGUGCGGUGUCUAGGCUCUACAUCGCAAAUGCGAAUAAAAAGGAUAGCGGGAAUUACAGCUGCGCCCUGGCGAAUGUAGCAGCAGCCACCAUGGUGUCCGUCCACGUUCUAAACGGGGAGAAUCCAGCUGCCAUGCAACACGGCGGUACCUCGGCCCCGAGGGCGACCUUCAUCCUCACCGUUGUGAUAUCACUGUCGUCGCUCCUAAGGUGACCGUGAUGACCCCGCUGCAUUUCGGGCCUGCGAUUCGAAUGGUGCUAACUUUCUCGUUCCCCGCGGAGACUCUACGCGCUCGAAAUGUCUCCACGAAACGAACAGCCUCGAACGGACAACUUCGGGCGUUAGGGCCUUCGCUUCCCAGCGCGGGAAAACCGCAUGCAAUUGGUGCGAAUUACAUAGAACGGUUAUAUAUUCUCACGCGAGACGGGAAUACAUGCACGCGCGUGCGACAACGCGGACGGAGAUAUCCAAUCCGAAUUCGUUUCGAUUGUGGACUUAACUUUUGGACGGAGUGGCUUCGCUAGCAAGCACCGUGUCUCGCAAUUUCAUCGCUUGGAACGCGAGGCGGCGUAUCAGUUUCUACAGACACUUCUGGGCGUCUCUCGUGAAACUUGACUUAAUCACUUGCAGCGGCGAUCGAUGUGAGAUUUGCGUAAGGACGACUAAAGCGUUCGCACUACAAACGCGCGCUUGCGAAUCUCGACAAGAGGUAGAGAAACUUUUCAUCUCUCUCUCCCUCGCUUCCCAACGUUUGAGUUCUUGGUACUAACAUCUUGACAUGUUGUCUUCGUGCGCGUUAUUUGCGCGUCCGCAAUGCUCGAAUGCGGAUCCGUUAAUUAAGAGAUACCGUUCAUGUGAUAUGUAAUGCGCGAUUAUCUGUAAACGUGUGUUUGUAACGCGGUGAUAGAAAAAUAGCCACGUGAUGAUUCGAUCAACUGCAAUCGACGACACUUUUAUUUUAUUUUUUGUUGCGAAACAUCCGGUUUCUAAACAACCGGUGGUUUCCAAUAGUACACUGACGUAAACAUAUACAUAUUCUAUUUACGUCUGAUUUAAAUAUAAAUUAAAUCUCGUGAAUGCAUCAUUCAUGAAUGUAUUAUUCUUUUAUCAAUUUUAAUAUGUUAUUUCUCGAAGAGUGUAACAACGAAAAACUUUUUAUCGAUUGGAGAGGACGAGUGUUGCGAAGGUGCAGCAAAUGUGUUUUAGAAAAUCCUAAGAUGUAUAUAUAUACUCUUGUAUAUAUAUACUUUUAUAUAUAUACAUAUAUAUUUGUUGAACUUAUAUUAUGUGUGUACACUGUUAUGUACCUUUAGUAUGAGAAUAACAUUAUAAGAUUUCGAAACGUCGAACGCGAAUUCGUCGAACGACACCGUCCAAAGAUUUCGGCACACUGGCUACUACGACGAGCACAUAGUACAUAUGUACUUGAUCAAUUUUUGAAACACCAAAAAUUUACUAGUUUAUUUAAAAUCUUAUUUUGAUUGUUCCGUGUUGCUGUACAAUUACACUCUGUAGUAUGCAGAGCGAUAAAAAAUAUUUUCUUGUUUGUUUGGCACUGAUCAAGUUUUAAUAAUUACAAAACUAUAGGUCCAUAUAUCUACAUAUCAUCAUAUCUACAUUUUUAAUUUACAUUAUAAUUAAUAUUUUUUAAACAAAUUAUAAAUUUUUUAUUUACGAUCAAUAUUUAUAUUGCAAUUUUGCGGAUGAAAUAAUUGACGAUUCGCUAAAACAUGGAUCCUAUCCACACAAGGUGUGUCUUUAUUACUCGAUUUUAUCUGGUGGAAGCAAUAUUUUCGUGGCUCGCAAUGGGUCGAAGAAAUCGCUCGCGUUUGUCGAGCAUAAAAUAACGAUUGUGGUAUAUUUGCUAUAGUUCAGUGUUAGUCUUCAUGCUGGGUGGGCACGCAGCGCGAAAAAUAUGGGACGGACGUGGACGACAAGAAUGCUUCAUCCAUCGUUGUUCGCUUAAAAUAUGUUUGACGUGGACGAACAUCAAGUCAACUUUGUUGGCUGUUAAAAAGAAAUGUUAAUAUAAAAACUUUACCAUUUUCUCUCUUAGUUAUUAGAUAUAUUUUUUAUU